AGUUCCUCCUGGGAAUGCAACUCAUCCCCCAAAGGGAAGAUCACCUUCCCCUGCUUAACUAAAGCAUCAUUCAGGGCUCUGGUCGGAGGCUGCUUUGAAGACAGCCAGCGGGGGCCAUGACCACCCUCUCUCCUGAAAAUAGCCUUUCUGCCAGGCAGUCGGCCUCCUUCAUCCUGGUGAAGAGAAAACCACCCAUUGACAAGACAGAAUGGGAUGGCUUCUUUGAUGAGAAUGGUCACUUGGCCAAGUCACGAGACUUCAUUUGUGUUAACAUCCUGGAAAGGGGUCUGCACCCCGUGGUAAGGACAGAAGCGUGGAAGUUCCUCACCGGCUACUACUCAUGGCAGAGUUCCCAGGAUGAGCGGCUCACGGUGGACAGCACAAGGAGGAAGAACUACGAGGCCUUAUGCCAGAUGUACGAGAAGAUCCAGCCCCUUCUGGAAAACCUGCACCGGAACUUCACAGAGACUCGGAAUAACAUCAAGUACCAGCAGGGCUUCCAUGAGAUGGUGAUGCUUUUCCAGCUGAUGGUAGAACAUGACCAUGAGACCUUCUGGCUUUUCCAGUUCUUCCUACAGAAAACGGAGCACAGCUGUGUCAUCAACAUCGGGGUGGGCAAGAACCUCGACAUGCUCAACAACCUGAUCAGCUUCCUGGACCCCGUGUUCGCCGAGCACUUAAAAGGGAAGGGUGCUGGGGCCGUGCAGUCCCUCUUCCCCUGGUUCUGUCUCUGCUUUCAACGUGCCUUCAAGUCCUUCGACGACAUCUGGAGGCUCUGGGAGGUACUGCUGACGGGGAAGCCCUGCAGGAACUUCCAGGUGCUGGUGGCCUACAGCAUGCUGCAGAUGGUGCGGGAGCAGGUGCUGCAGGAGAGCAUGACAGGCGACGACAUCCUCCUGGCCUGCAACAGCCUCAUCGACCUUGACGCCGACGAGCUGAUCUCCGCUGCCUGCAUAGUUUAUGCUGAGCUCAUCCAAAAGGGUGUUCCUCAGCCGUUAAAGGAUUUCCUUCUCUGAGGACACUCACAGCGGACAGACGCCCUCACCGGACAGUAGGAAGGUGCUGCUUCACCGUGAGGUCAGGAUCAAGUCCGAUGGGGCGUUGGGGUGAGGGCGUAGGUAAUACAGCUG